AUUUUCUGUUACCAUACACAUCAUUCUAUGACUCUUUUUCUCUCUCUUAAUGUAUAUUUAAGGAAUGGCCAGUCUGAAAUGAAUGUUUGUGAUUGAUCCGGAGUUGAUUCCAUUUUCUCUAGGGAGCUUCUCUCUGUUUCUCUCUGUUUUCACUCUGUAAGGCUGUGUCUGGCAGAGGAAAAUGAGUGUUAUAUUGACAAGGAAGCAGAGUGGUUACUCAAGAAUGGAGAAGGAAGACCCAGAAGAGAAAAAGCAUAGGGAAGCUCAGUUCUUGAUUUACAAAAUAAUGGAGCAGGCAAACAGUGGCAGUAGGAGGAGACCCACUUGUCUCAGAAUCAGAAUUCGCAAGUUUAAGUUGAGGAUUGGAAGGAGGUUGAAGAAGCUGAGGAAGAGCAUGUCGGCCAGUUUGUCCACAGCAAGAAUUGGGAUCUGCAAGCAAAUUGGACAGCUUAGAACCUGUAAGAGCUUGUUUGGAAGAGGCCGCAAGGUGGAAACUUUAGCUUUUCCUUCUUUGGUUUCUUGAAUUACAAUCCUUGUCUUUCUGUGUAUUUGUUGUUUGUGAAGUUCUGUGUUUAAAAAGAGAACUGAACUGCCUGUUGGGACCUUUCUUCCCAUCGAUGGAGGUUCUUAAUGUUCGCUUCAAUGGAAAAUGAAGAUGAAGAUAUCGAUAAGGAUAGCAGUUUAUCACUUUUAUGAAUAUUCGGUGCAUUUUCCAUUCUUAUAAGAGAUCGAUGGUGUUCAAUUCCCACCCCGUCAUGUUGAACUUAGGAGAAGGUGUUUGGAAGUUACUUCUAAAGAUUGUUUCUGUUUUUUGGAAUAGAAAAUCAACCAAAACAGCAGUGUCAUAUUUCAAUAGGUCGUUUCAUUGGAAAGGUUGGUCAUUGAUGAAUUUCUUGAACUUCAUGGAUUUUUUUAA